CUCAGUCUGCCUCUUCUCCGUCCAGAUCUGAACACGUCUCCAACUGAGCASAGAACGGAAGAAUUUUGCCUGAAAAUCGUCGAUGGCAUCAAAAAUGAAGGACAGGAAGAGAACUCCAAUCUCUCACAAAGUCAUCGAGAAAAGAAGAAGAGACCGCAUCAAUCGCUGUCUCAACGAACUCGGAAAAACCGUCCCCAUGGCUUUAGCUAAACAGAACUCUGGGAAACUGGAGAAAGCAGAAAUCUUGGAGAUGACAGUGCAGUACCUGCGAGCGCUCCACUCAGCAGAUUUCCCCCGCGGGAGAGAGAAAGGUGAGCUGCUGGCUGAGUUCGCCAACUACUUCCAUUACGGAUACCACGAGUGCAUGAAGAACCUGGUGCACUACCUGACCACGGAGGAUCGAGCCGAGACCAAAGACAUCAAGUACGCGCGGAUCCUCGCCUUUCUACARUCCAAGUCGCGCGCGCUCACAGAGCCGCUGUUCGGUUCGGUUGGCGCCGCGCAGGAACCGUCMGACUACCUGAGCCAGCUGCACUCCUCCCCGGAGCACAACAACCACAGCCCCACACCGGACUCCGUGUUUCAGCAGAGCCCGGCUGGACACUUCUCCUGGCACGGCUCGGCCCGCAGCCCGGCCAUCUCGUACCAAACCGUACCGCUCUCUGCGCACGCUCAGCAGCACGGAGGAUAUCUGUCGCCGGUGCAGGGACUCGAUCACCAUUAUUUCAACUUCAUUGGUCACACGCACGCGAACACGUUCAGUCUGCACAGCGCUCAGCACGCCAUGUAAAAAAA